UAUGCACCAUUCUACAAUUAAUUUUACCCGAGCCAUAAAAUAAAACAGUUUGUUACUGUAUUUCGCGUAUUACGGUCGAUUGAUUCGAUAAAUUAGUUGUUUUUUAAAUGCGGAAUGCGUUUUUCAAACUCUGACUGAUUGCUACCGCGGCCACACGAUUCAUCAUAAGGGUAAUUGAGGGGCUCUGAUUACUGGGUACUGAGGCUUGUAAAUACCAUAAACAAACGCCAGAGCGCACAGAGGGUGAUUUAAAAUUUCUAAUAAGGUCGUGGCUCGUCCCCGCAUUCACGGAUGGAAAGUUUCGAAGUUUUUACUUUUGCCAUCGAUUCUACUAUUGGUAACCUGAACAUGGCAAUUGCACAAUGUGACGACCCUUCGGUAGUUAUGGGCACGUGGCGCGUAUCAAAACUGCUCAAACAAUGUUGCAUCGCAUUUGGCCAUGACUGCACUUCGGAAAUCGUUGAAUGAACUAUGCUUCGAUAUUUUAUGAGUUCAUCACGGCUCGAUGAUUGAAGGUUGGCAACUGGAGAAAUGUUCAUAUUUUAUCAUGUAAUUGUACAGUUGAGAUUUGAAGAGCCUUUAGGAGAAUCCGUAUAUAAGGAAUUUAUUGAGAUCAGGAUUUAAGGCAUAAUGAGGUCUCCAGCUGCAAUAUUGGUCUUACUUGCGUUUUCAAAGUCAGUUGUAGCUUCAACCUCUGAUUUGAUUACAGCCACAUCGGACUUGAUUCAAUGCCUCAAACUUCCGACUCAGGUCUCGGUUUUAUCCUGUUGGAACGAAAGUGACAAAUUGCGUUUUUGGAGGGAAAUUAACUCAUACAAAACUGUACGAUUUUUCUCCGAAAACCAAGGCAAUCUUCCCUGGAAUGAUCCUCAUCAACAUCAGAAUCUAUUGAUGAUCGACGCUGGUUGUCCAAAAUCAAAAGAAUUGUUACAAUCAGCUGGUCAAUUGUUGUACAAUAGAGUCAAAUGGAUUGUAAUAAAUAGAAUAAACUUGAACUGUACAAAAUUCUUGAAGUUUUUUGACGAUCUUCAAGUUAUGAUCAGCAAUGAAGUUUACUAUAUCUGUGAGGCAGACGGUUUUCAAGGCUUCGCAAUAAAACAAGUAUAUCGACUAUCCCUUACAACUGAAGUGAUCGAUGAGACGUUUGGCUUCUGGAACAAAGGUAUGAUCGUCAAUCUUCAAAAUAUCAAGCAAUCCUCCGUUCGCCGUCGCAACCUGAAUGGCUUAAAAUUGCGUGGAUCGGUCGUAGUCACUCACAAUGAGACUCUGAAACACCUGGAAGACUAUCGUGAGAAACAUGUGGACACGAUCACCAAGAUGAAUUAUAUUCUCACCAAACACUUGGCCCAAGACUUGAACGCCACCCUUAAGUUUAGCUAUGUCAACUCGUGGGGCUAUCGUCACCCCGAAACGGGUAAAUUCAACGGAAUGAUUGACGAACUAAAGAACGACCUUGCGGACCUUGGCGCCACUGCUUUGUUCAUGACAGCGGAUCGUAUCAAGGAGAUCGAUUACCUCUCGAUGACUACCCAAUCGCGGGUCAAAUUUAUCUUCCGUUCGCCGAAGCUAUCGUUCACGGAUAACGUAUUUCUGCUUCCGUUUAGCGCAUCGGUUUGGAUUUGCAUAAUCAGUUUCAUUGUGAUCUCAGGAGUUCUUCUGUUGAUCAUCAUGAAGGUCGAGCUGCGAUGCACUAAUGUUCGUUACGGGAAUGUCAUCCGGCCGAAUGUGAUGGACACGGUCAUGAACAUGUUUGGGACCUCGUGUCAACAGGGAUCGUACCUGGAGCCGAAAUCGCUUCCGGCCAAAUGUUUGAUCCUGUUGAGCUUGAUCAUCCUGAUGUUCUUGUAUGCCAGCUAUUCAGCCAAUAUUGUUGCGUUGAUCCAGUCGCCGUCGAACAAGAUCAGGACGUUGGAGGAUUUAUUGAACUCGCGACUGGGGACUGGAGCUGAAGAUACCGUCUACAAUCGGUACUAUUUCAUGCAUGAAACGGAACCGAUACGGAAAGCGAUUUAUGAUCGGAAAAUGAGAACUCGCGAUGGAGCUGAUUCCAGUUUUAUACCGUUGGAAAAAGGCAUUGAAAGGGUACGUCAAGGACUGUACGCCUUCCACGUUGAGUUGGGAGUUUGCUAUAAGGUCAUCAGCGAAACCUUCCAGGAGGACGAAAAGUGUGGUUUGCAAGAGAUCGAAUAUCUGAACAUCAUCGAGCCGUACUACGCCGUGCAGAAAAACUCUUCCAUUCGGGAACUGGUCCGGCUUAGUCUGUUCAGGUUGCGCGAGUUCGGCAUUCAGGAUCGGGAGCACUCGAUGCUAUACUCGCGGAAACCGACUUGCAGUGGUGGCAGUAGCUUCAUUCCGGUAUCGAUUGUGGACGUUUGGCCUGCGCUAACCCUGUUGACGUGGGCAUCUGGCUUCGCCGGGGGCUUGCUGGCAGGGGAAACCAUUUGGGCACGAAUCAGAGCGAGGCGUGAUCUGGCAGAGGUCGCGAAUGGAGAUUUCUGUGGAUGAAGAAUUGGGAAUGGUUGG